AGCGGCGAGAGCCAGCACCGAGCCCCUGCUUCGGGCUGCCCCCGCUUUGCCUCUGCUCCUUCUGCCCCCCCAAAACCCUCUCCCUGCACCCCGACUAUGCUAAAUGUUGCUGGGGAGCUCUCAGGAGACUCUUGGGGGAUCUUCACGUUCCUUUGUGCCGCGCUCUGCAACCUGCCGGCGCUGCCGGCGCUGAACUGCACCGAGGAGCUGGGUCCCGGCCAGUCCAUCCAGAAGACCUACGACCUGACCCGUUACCUGGAGCACCAGCUCCGCACCCUCGCCGGCACCUACCUGAACUACCUGGGCCCCCCUUUCAAUGAACCCGACUUCAACCCCCCGCGCCUGGCUCACGCCGAGCGGGUGCCCAGCGCCACGGUGGACCUGGACCUAUGGCGGGGCCUGACCGACAACGCUCGCCUGGCCGCCAACUACCGCGCCUACAGCCGGGUGCUGUGCUCCCUGCGGGCGCUGGACGGGCAGGGCACGGCCGAGCUGCGCCAUCGCCUCGGCCACUUCUGCUCCAGCCUGCAGGGGCUGGUGCUGAGCAUCGCGGGCGUCAUGUCAUCCCUGGGGUACCCGCUGCCCGCGGGACCCCCCGUCUCACCCGGUGGUGCCAGCAUCCCGCCCAACGGUGGUGCCCCCAAUGACUUCUUGAAGAAGAUGGAUGAUUUCUGGCUGCUGAAGGAGCUGCAGACCUGGUUGUGGCGCUCGGCGAAGGACUUCAAUAGGCUCAAGAAGAAGGUGCCGCCCGCGGUGGUGACGUUGAGGAUGGAGGCGAGGGGGUUCUGAGGUAACCCACCCCAUAACGUCCCCCUCUGCGCUGCAGUGGGGUGGGGAUGGGGCUUCUCAACACAAUGGGACACCCGGGGUCACCUCGCUGUGAUUUGUGGGAUGGGGGUCCUCACCCAAAGUGCCAUCGAAGUCACACACGUCCUCUCUUCAUCAGCGCUGUGCCUUGCGGGAUGGGGCUCCGACCCCAAAGUGCCACCGUCACCAUCACCAAAGCACCUCCCCGUCACCACUGUGCCUUGAGAGAUGGGUCUCUUGACCCCAAAGUGCCACUGCAGACACCCCACAUCCCCUCUGUCACCACAUUGUGCCUUUGAGAGAUGGGUCUCUUGACCCCAAAGUGCCACUGCAGACACCCCACAUCCCCUCUGUCACCACAUUGUGCCUUUGAGAGAUGGGUCUCUUGACUCUAAAGUGCCACCAAAGCCACCCCACAUCAUCAUUCGUUACCUUGCUGUGGCCUAAAGGACAGGGCUCCUGACCCAAAGUGCCACCAAGGCUGCCCCACAGCCCUUCCAUCAUCGCAGUACCUUAAGGGAUGGGUCUCCCGACCCCAAAGUGCCACUGCAGACACCCCAUGUCCCCUUUGUCACCACGUUGUGCCUUAAGGGAUGGGGCUCCUGACCCCAAAGCACCACCAAAGCCACUCAUGUCCCCUCUCCAUCACUACACUGUGCCUUGAGAGAUGGGUCUUCUGACCCCAAAGUGCCACCAAAACCACUCCACAUCCUCAUCGUCACCACAGUGCCUUAACGUAUGGGGUUCCUGACCCAAAGUGCCCCCAAAGCCACCCAUGUCCCCUCUCCAUCACCACACUGUGCCUUGAGAGAUGGGUCUCUUGACCCCAAAGUGCCCCCAAAGCCACCCCACAACCCCACUAUCAUCACAGCGUCUUAAGGGAUGGGUCUCCUGACCCCAAAAUGCCACUACACCCCCCGAUGUCCCCCCUCCAUCACCACUGUGCCUGGACAGAUGGGGUGUCCUGACCCCAAAGUGCCACCACAGCCACCCCACAGCCCCAUUGUCAGUGCCUGGAAGCAGGGGGUGCUGCCACCACGUUGUCCCCAUCACCACAUUGCACCCAUCCCCUCAUCCCUGCCCCACAUCCAUGGGGCUGCUGAGGGCAGCCGCCUCCCCCCUCCCCGCCCCACAGCAGCAAUAAGCCCCACCCCCAAGUGCUAUAGGGUGCGUGCAAGCCCCGCCCACCCCGAAACGGACCAAUCCCCCUCAAGCAUCGGUAUAAACCACGCCCCCUACAACAGGCUCCGCCCCCCUGCUACCCAAGCCCUGCCUCUCCUACGGUUGCCUAGCGACCCACAGAUGGGGGGCGGGACUUGUGGGGCUGUGGGGGGGGUUUUGGGGGGGGGGGUGGCCUCUGCCCCGGUGCGUUUAUUCGUGUUUAUUUAUUGGAGUUAUUAUUUAUUGGGGUAUUUAUUGCAGAAGAUCUAUUCUUGUAUGAACGAAUAAAAGCCUUUCUCCAGCAGCCACCCGGUGCCGUCAGUAGGGACCAGAGUGAACAAGCAGCUCCAUGCUCCCAGCUCAGUGUGGGGCUGAGG